UCAAACAUUUUCAGUUUCAAUUUGGGUGCGAAGCUUUCAAGUUCGUUUCGGUUCGAUCAACUCUGUAAUUGGCACAUAAGUUAUAGCUGAGAAUUUUGGAAAUAUGAAGCUACUAUUGGUAGCCCUAUUGGCUACGCUAGCGUUAACACAAGCCUUGGUCAAGGAGGAGAUACAGGCGAAAGAGUAUCUGGAGAAUCUGAACAAGGAGCAGGCCAGACGCACCAAUAUCGAUACGGAGGCCUCCUGGGCCUAUGGCUCCAAUAUCAACGACGAGACCGAGAAGAAGAAGAAUGAGGUAUCCGCCGAAUUGGCCAAGUUCCUGAAGGAGGUCUCAGUCGAAAUCCAGAAAUUCAAUUGGCGCAGCUAUGAAAGCGCCGACCUAAAGCGUCAGUUUAAGUCUCUGUCCAAGCUCGGCUAUGCCGCCCUGACCGAGGCCGACUAUGCCGAGUUCCUGGAGACAAUGUCCGCCAUGGAAUCGAACUUUGCCAAGGUCAAGGUAUGCGACUACAAAGACAACACAAAGUGCGAUCUGGCACUCGAGCCCGAAAUCGAGGAGGUCAUCACAAAGAGUCGGGAUCCCGAGGAGCUCAAAUACUAUUGGACUCAGUUCUACGACAAGGCCGGCACAGCUGUGAGACCCCAAUUCGAACGCUACGUGGAGCUCAAUACUAAGGCAGCUAAACUGAAUAAUUUCACGUCCGGCGCCGAGGUCUGGUUGGAUGAGUACGAGGAUGAAACAUUCGAGAAGCAGCUGGAGGAUAUCUUUACCGAAAUUCGUCCGCUCUAUGAGCAAGUCCAUGGCUAUGUGCGCUAUCGUCUGAGGCAACACUAUGGCGAUAAGGUCGUGCCCGAGAAGGGUCCGCUGCCCAUGCAUCUGUUGGGCAAUAUGUGGGCACAACAGUGGUCCGAUAUUGCGGAUAUUGUGUCACCGUUCCCAGACAAACCGCUGGUGGAUGUCUCCGACGAGAUGGUCAAGCAGGGUUACACACCGCUCAAGAUGUUCCAGAUGGGCGAUGACUUCUUUACCUCCAUGAAUCUGACCAAGUUGCCACCUACCUUCUGGGAGAAAUCCAUAAUUGAGAAGCCCACCGAUGGCCGUGAUUUGAUUUGUCAUGCCAGUGCAUGGGACUUUUAUCUGCAGGACGAUGUGCGCAUCAAGCAGUGCACCACGGUGACCCAGAGCCAGCUUUUCACAGUGCAUCAUGAGCUGGGCCAUAUCCAAUAUUUCCUGCAGUAUCAGCACUUGCCGUUUGUCUAUCGCACUGGUGCCAAUCCCGGUUUCCAUGAGGCUGUCGGAGAUGUUCUCUCGCUGUCGGUGUCAACGCCCAAGCAUCUGGAGAAGAUCGGUCUGCUCAAGAACUUUGUGCUUGACGAGGAGGCACGCAUUAAUCAGCUCUUCUUGACGGCACUGGACAAGAUUGUCUUCCUGCCGUUUGCCUUUACGAUGGACAAGUACCGUUGGUCUCUGUUCCGCGGUGAGGUAGACAAGGCUAACUGGAACUGUGCCUUCUGGAAGCUGCGUGAGGAUUACUCUGGCAUUGAGCCUCCAGUAGUGCGCACCGAAAAGGACUUUGAUGCCCCUGCCAAGUAUCACGUUUCAGCGGAUGUGGAGUAUGCGAGAUAUCUGGUCUCGUUUAUCAUACAAUUCCAAUUCUACAAGUCUGCAUGCAUGAAGGCUGGUCAGUAUGAUCCCAAGAAUCCGGAGCUGCCUUUGGACAAUUGCGAUAUCUAUGGUAGCGCCGAAGCUGGUGCUGCUUUCCACAACAUGCUUUCGCUGGGCGCCUCCAAACCAUGGCCCGAUGCACUGCAAGCCUUCAAUGGUGAGCGCGUUAUGACCGGCAAGGCUAUAGCCGAAUACUUUGAGCCCCUACGCGUCUGGCUCGAGGCGGAGAACAUUAAGAACAAUGUGCACAUUGGCUGGACAGCGUCUGAUAAAUGCGUGUCUUAUUAAGUGGGAAUGCCUGUCGAAAGGAGUUUCUAACGUUAUUUGCUCAAGCAAAAAGAGUUUGUCAAAAUCUUCAAGAGUUUUCCAUAUGUCGCAAAAAGUGUGCAGUAUUAAAAGUCAUUUAAAAAUCAAAA